AUGGCCAGCUACGCAGCAGAGCUCACGGCUCACCUCAGCCAAGCCCUGACGGCCGUCGCCCCCUCGCUCGUCGAGCCCUCGCCCGCCUCGUCCCCGCCUCAUGACCACCUCGACCCCGCCCAACCCGACACGGCCCGACACCCGCACCAGGACCAGAUCGACGACCGCGAGCACACCCUCCGCCACGUCCUCGGCCGCCUGCGCACCUCGCACGCCUCGUCGUCGUCGUCGUCGUCGUCCCCCUCCUCGCCCGGUGGGGCUCGUUCAGCACCCGCCCUCUCGUCGACCGACCUCGCACGCCUCGUCGACGAGGCCUUCCCGCCCUUCCAGGGCACAGCUGCCCUCCCGCUGUCGCCCCAGACCGCCACCGUCGAACUCGUCACCCUCGCCCAGCUCACCAUCCACGCCUGGGGGCUCGUCCUGCGCACCCUCAUCCACCUCGCCGCCCAACUCGACCACGACGACGACUACUGGGCCCGCCUCGAGUCGGACCCGUACAACGCCGCCCUGUACCUCGUCCAGACCUCGCCCGCCCGCGCCGUCGCCCUGUCGUCCGUCACGGCCACCCGCCUGCGCAAGCUCACGCACGGCGACGGCCCCGCCGACCUGCGCCCGUCCCUCCUCGACCUCAACACGUGGCGACGUGCCCUCCCUCCCUCCCUCUUCCUCGCGUCCGUCUUCCCCCACCUCGCCCAGACGUCGGGCCUCCCCUCGCUCGCCGACCUCGACCACUCGGACCUCGACCCCUCCUCGUCCUCGUCCUCGACGGCGACCGCCCCCACCCUCAGCACGAGCGCAAGCACCUCCCUGUCGCUGUCGAGCGCGACCCGCCUCACGCGCCACGCCGCGCGGUCCCUCGUCUUCCUCACCCUGUCGCCGCUCGCCCUCACGCGCCAGGAGAUCGCCCACCGCCGCGCCGGCAUCCGCAACGCCCGCGACGAGCUCGCCCUCCGCAUCGGCGAGCUCACCCUCGCCGCGUCCCAGAGCGACGUCGGCGACAAGCUCCUCGGCGGCGAGCAGCAGCACGCCGGCGAUGGCGACGACGACGAGGCCGACGAGGGCAGGGCCGAGCUGCGACAGCCACCCGGGCUCGCACAGCUCUUCUCGACCUCGCGCGCGGCGGCGGCGACGGGAGGUGCCGGCGCGCAGGGCGGCAACGGCGCGGGCGGGAGCCCGGCGCAGCUCUCGCUCGACGACGUGCGCGCCGCCACCUGGCAGACGCUCGUUCACCUCGACCUCGUCCUGACGCCCUCGUCGGGCGUCCCGUCGUUGUCGGGCACGUCGGGCCCGCCCUCGACGCCGGCCGACCUCGCGCACGCCCUGUCGUUCCUCGUGUCGCGCACCCUGCCGGCGCACGUCGCCCAGCACGGCCGCGUCGCGCGCGCCCUCGCCCCGCCAGGCGCCCUCGCGCGCGCGUGGCCCGCCCUCGUCGCCCUCCCGCUCGCGACCGUCGUCGUGUCGCGCUUCGUGUACGCGCGGCGCGCCCAGCUCGCCCAGUACGCGCGCGACGCGGCCGACACGGUGCGCGGGUUCGUCGUCGACUGGGUCGUCGAGCCCGUGCGCCACAUCCUCGAGACGCUGCGCGGCGGCGAGGACGGCGUCGUCGCCCUCCUCGGGCGCGAGAGCCUCCAGAGCGACCGCGACAGCCUCGAGCGCAUGGUCGUCGACUUUGCGCGCGACGAGUACGGCCUCGGCGGUGUCGAGCUCGAGACGUUGCGCGAUCGGGUCCGGGCCGGCGACUUGACGGCGGUCCUCAAGGCGUGGGAGAAGGACAUCAAGGCCCCGAUCCGCUCGGCCGUCAGCGGCUCCCUCAUUCGGACGCUCCUCAUCCAGGUCCAGAAGGUCAAGGUCGACGUCGCGCUCGCCAUGGACGGCAUCGAGAAGAUGCUCCGCAGCCAGGAGUUGACCUUUGGCUUCGUCGGCGUCGCGCCGAGCAUGCUCGUGCUCGCCGUCGUCGGCAGGUGGAUGCGCGGCUUGACGAGGAGCGACGGCGGGAGGAAGAAGAGGACCGAGGUCAAGAGGAGGUGCUGGAUGACGCUCAGGCAACUCGACCUCCUCCUGUCCCCGCCCCGAUCCUCUCGACGUACCUCGACGUCCGCCUCCCUCGCCCUCGGCACCUCCUCCUCGUCGGCCAAGCCCCCGUCGCGCGCCUCGCCCCUCGCCGCCCUCACCCAGGGCAACCUCGUCCUCUCGCUGUCGACCCUGCGCACCUACGCCCACGGCCCGCUCUUCCCCAAGCGCGACUCGCAGUUGCGUGCGGCGUUCCUCGACGACGUGCGCGCGCUCGAGAGCGGCGGAGCGGCGGGAGGAGGGAGGGAGAGGAGGGCGCUCGUCCGGAGGUUGGAGCGGUGGGGCGGCGCGCUCGGCUGGGACGAGGGCGUGCGGGCGUGAGCAUGCCGAGCGGGAGGAGGCGUAGCUGGCUGAGCGCGGGCGACGGGAACGCGCAGGUCGGCGAGACG